UAAAGUGGUGUCUAGUGUGUACUUCACGGCGGUCGCGUCUGUCCGUGUGAGGUCCCGUGACAAAUUUCAUUGGAACUUUGUGCGGCCAGGAAACACUGAUGUUUCCUGCUGCGCUCACUUGUCGGACGGCUGUGAGCAGUGAGAGAAAGCACACUUUCAUUUGGAGGGUUUAGGGACUUUCGUCCCUGCCCGACCUGGACAAAUGUUUGCUACCUUAGCAGCUUAACUGCCGUAGAGCGAAAAAUCCCCGCUGGAACUGCGAAAAUAAAGGAACACCGCGUCAAAAUCCUGAAAGUAGAGACCCAGAAUGAGGAUUGGCCAGUCGUAUACUUGAAGUCUUUUCCUGGGGGACACAUUACUGCACCUUUGAAUGCUGACCGGCCCUAAGAUGGAGGACCAACCCAGUUUUCCCAAUGUCAGCAUCCCUUGCCACAAUGAGCAGAGGGACAAAAAAAAGCGCUACACAGUUUACAAAGUGAUUGUCAAUGUUGGACAACAGGAAUGGUUUGUCUUCAGGCGAUAUGCAGAGUUUGAUAAACUCUUUAACACAUUAAGGAAACAGUUUCCAUCUAUGAACUUGAAAAUUCCAGCUAAAAGGAUAUUUGGGGACAACUUUGACCCGGAGUUCAUCAAGCAAAGAAGAGCCGGGUUACAUGAGUUCAUCAAAAAACUCGUCUCACAUCCUCAGCUUUGCAACCAUCCAGAUGUGAGGGCAUUUUUACUAAUGGAAAAAAGGGAACAAAUAUCAGAUGCCUCUGAGGAUGAAGAUGAAAAGAACAACUCUACCUCCAGAAACAUCAACCUGGGACCCUCUGCAAAUCCACAAGCCAAGCCCACAGACUUUGACUUUUUAAAAGUCAUAGGAAAAGGGAGUUUUGGGAAGGUUUUCCUCGCUAAACGAAAACACGAUGGAAAGUUUUAUGCCAUCAAGAUCUUACAAAAAAAGAUCAUUCUCAACAGGAAAGAGCAAAAACACAUCAUGGCAGAACGCAACGUUUUGCUGAAGAACGUGAAACAUCCUUUCCUGGUUGGGCUUCAUUAUUCCUUCCAGACUAAAGACAAGUUGUACUUCGUGUUGGAUUUCAUCAAUGGAGGAGAACUUUUCUUUCAUCUUCAAAGAGAAAGGACCUUUCCGGAGCCCAGAGCAAAGUUCUACAUUGCUGAAAUGGCAAGUGCGCUGGGAUACCUGCAUUCUCUCACGAUUGUUUACAGAGACUUAAAGCCAGAAAAUAUCCUUCUUGACCACGAGGGGCAUAUCGUACUCACAGACUUUGGAUUGUGCAAGGAAGGCAUUUCCCAGAAGGACACUACCACUACAUUUUGUGGAACACCUGAGUACUUAGCUCCAGAGGUCUUGAAGAAGCUGCCGUAUGAUCGCACAGUAGACUGGUGGUGUCUGGGCUCAGUGCUGUAUGAAAUGCUCUUUGGUCUACCACCUUUCUACAGCAGGGACACACACGAGAUGUAUGACAACAUCCUCCACAAGCCGCUAACCAGGCGUCCCGGUGCCUCCAACACAGCCUGGUCUCUCCUCGACGGGCUGCUGGAGAAAGAUGGCAAGCGCAGACUGGGAUACAGGGAAGACUUUAUUGAGAUCAGAAGACACAGCUUCUUCUCUUCCAUGAACUGGGAUGACCUUGAGCAGAAGAAGAUCCCUCCCCCUUUUACACCACUUGUGGUAAAUAUUUUUUCCUGUAAUCAAAACCGCCUGGGUAUUUUACACUUAUUUUGACUCUUCACAAGACAUAAUUCUCUUGGCUUUGCAGUAGUAUAGAC